ACGUUUGAUUUUUAUACCCACGACCUCCGUUAAUAAAUAAUAAAAUAAUAUAUUUGGGGACAUACAGCUAUUCCCAUUCCGUGCAUAAAGGAACGCAUGAUAUUUCUCAUUUUUAUGGAAAACAAAUUUAUAGCAUGCAGUUGAGCGAUAUUGCAUUGUAGCUACAUUCUUGCACAGAGGAGGAGACUUACUAGAGCGAAGACCAAGUUACUCUGCAAAACUGACCGAGGACUAAAUCCAGUAUUCUUCAUGGCAGAAAACAAUUUCCCUCCUCUCCCGGCAUUCAUACCGUUGAAGCCAUGCUUCUACCAGGACUUCAAUGAAAUUCCUGAUCAGCAUCGCACCAUGUGCAAAAGACUGUACCACCUGUGGAUCUUUAACAGUGCCACACUGGCUGUUAAUCUGAUUGGCUGUCUGGCGUGGAUGAUUGGCGGAGGCGGAGCCACUAACUUUGGGAUGGCGAUUCUGUGGCUUAUUCUCUUCACCCCUUGCUCCUACGUGUGCUGGUUUAGACCCAUCUACAAGGCAUUCAAAUCGGACAGCUCCUUCAACUUCAUGGCAUUCUUCUUCGUCUUCAUGGCCCAGGUGGUGAUCAGUAUUAUCCAGACAGUGGGGAUUCCAGGCUGGGGAGUGUGUGGCUGGCUCGCCACCAUCACCUUCUUCGGCACCAACAUCGGCUCCGCUGUGGUCAUGCUGAUCCCCACUGUCAUGUUCACCGCCAUGGCAGUGCUCUCUUUCAUCGCCCUCACCAAGGUCCACAACUUCUACCGAGGCAGCGGGGGCAGCAUGAGCAAGGCCCAGGAGGAGUGGGCCACCGGGGCCUGGAAGAACCCGCAUGUGCAGCAGGCGGCCCAGCAGGCAGCAAUGGGGGCAGCCCAGGGGGCCAUGCAGCAGCCGCCGCAGUACUCCUCCACGCCCAACUACAACUACGACAACCAGAUGUAGGGCGUGACGGGGAGGGAAGGGGUGGGGAGGAACGGGGGGGUUAAGGCAGGGCAUGGAAAAGCGCGAGCCGGUAUUGGGGGCUUGUCAUCGAAAAGGGCUCAACCUGUCACAUUUCAGAACAACCUGGUCUAAUCUAAAACAGUGGGUUUGUGGAUUCUUGAAGGGGUUCUUGGUGUUUUUCUGCAACCCAAAUUAAAUAUGGCUGCCCCCUUCUUUUCCCUGAUAUUUGCCUGCUGCCUGCAGGCGUUGUGGUGGACGCAGGUGCUAAUUUAUAACAAGGCUGUUCCAAAGCCGCCAGCAUUACCUUGUCCCUGGUCCCCUAUACCAUCCCUGUCCAUGAACAGCCCAUCCCCUGCGUUCCUCUGUCACCUGUGGUGUGGCUAGUGGCACCUCACCAGCCCUUGUCAUCCUUCCAUUCCAAUUCUGUGGUCGGUCAGAUCGCACUUGCUGAGAGUUUCCUUCCAUGCUGGGAGGAGUAGGAGCCACAGCAGUCAGGGUGGUAAAUGAAGCUCAUUUUCACAGAUUCUGCUACAUAUAUGAAAGGUAUACUAAAGAGAUUUCAAACUGUACAAGAUUGCCUGAUUUUCGUGUCUUGUAUGGUGUGUUAGUCAAUAUGUACUUGAAUGUAUAGACAACAGUGAGACACAUUUUUUCAAAAUUUGAUUUAAUUGUCUGAAUACUCAUGACUAAUAUAAGGGUAACGCAUGAUAUUUAGGUAGCCUAUAUUAUCACAAGUAGUGCAAUACACUGUUCCGUUUGGGCAGCAUAUACCACAAGCUCAAUCUUUGAAUUGGGAUUUUUACAGUCUUGGCAGUUAAAUUAAGACUGAAGAGGGGUUCAUCUGUCCUUUGCUCCUCAAAUGUUCAGCAGCAAUUGUAACCUUCAAAUGGCUGUCUCCCUGUACAUGUAUUUCUAUGGCUCGAACACUGGAUGGCAGCAUUUUACCCAUGUUGUCUGAAAACCUAUAAAGCUUGACUAGCACUUACCGCCACUGGAUGCUACAGGGUGUUGAAAUAGAGAAGCACAGGAAUUAGCCACAAUGCCUGUGGACACUGAAAAACAGUACAUUCUGCUCUAAUUGUAAAAUACAUUCACAGGUCUACAGUUUACAGGUUUGCUGAGGUCUCAUGUCCAAACCAGGUUUUCUGGAAAAGUGCUUCUUCUCUGUUACCCAUUCCUGCUCGCGCUUUCUCAUGACGUACACAUGUUCUAGUGUUUUGAAUUUCUUUCAACUUCAAGUUUUUUUUAAAUUAUUUACAAAUGAAUUUGAUGUGCACAAGGACUGCAAAAACAGGCCAGUGUGCUGCUGUACUUGAGUGUUAUUUUUUGCGUGUGAAAUGUGUUUGUUUACACAAAUUUCAUAGGAAAACCGAACAAAAUCUCAUUUUUCUAGCCAUGUAGCAGCAUUGCGAAGGUAUGUAGUUAUAAUCACAAAAAGAUUUAGAGACUGCAAUGACUCAGUUGAAACAGGUGGGAGUCUACAACAGAACUUGUAUUGGGUAUUGGUUAUUCCAGCCUUUAGAAAAAAAGGGAAUUUCCAGAUUUUCCACAUUGCUGGAGUUAUUUUGGUGUUUUUAAUUCUCAGGUAAGAAGAAUUGUGACACUUAAAUAAUGAACUAGACUGUGAAGCUUGUUCUUAUUCUAGGGAGUUAUUAAUUUUCUCUAUUGUUUGACAUGCGGCUACAUUCAGAGGAAAACUAUUGCAAUGGAACUGCUCAAUUUAGGAUAUUGGUUUCGUUUGAAUCGUUUAGUGUUGCUGGCAUCUGAAUGUCACUUGGAGAGACACAACUGUUUCUGUCUUGACGCAAACCCAGAUCUUCAAAUUCAUUUAGUCUUUUCCACAUUCCUGCUGUAUUUAUACAUAUGCUUGGUUUAUUGUAGGAUGGCUUUCUGUUUGUAAAAUGGUUUAGUCUGAUUUAGAAGUGGAACUUUUCAAUGCUCAGACUAUACCAACAUGAAAUUUCGAAGUCAUGACAUUAGCCCAUUAGUGUAGGUGCUGUGUGAAACCAGAAUGGUGGGCUUUGUGUACUUUACAGUAAUAGACCAGUAAUCUGGCAGGCUGUACUCUCUUUAUUCCUUCUGGAUUUGAGGAAGGAGUUCCAGUGUAUUGGUAUUGAAGUUUUUCAGUCAUUAAGUAAGUAUUACUGCUGUUAAGGAGCUCUGGGAAUAAAACAUUUGGGGGCAGGGACAGAAUUUUCAACACACAAUAUUGAGCUCAGUAUAUUAGCAUCAUAAUAUGUGGUCUCACUACGUUCUGUUAAAUCCUGGCGGGUGGAAUGAGCUUGUAUUCCCUCUCCUCAUUUCUGUCACAGAUCCUUAGAUUUUCACGUGCAUCAACCACGUCAAAUUCGAAACGACACCUGUCUGUGGUUUUUGGGUUGUGUAGAUGAUGUGUGGAUAUUUCAUGUUGCUGUAAAAUGUGCUCAGUCAGUACAAAAUUGUAGUAUUGUAGUUCUGCAGCGUAAGCUGUACAAUAUCCCACAAUCCCUCUUGAGAUCCACAACUGAAGCUGUCACUAUCUCUGACUCAGGUCUAGUUUACCUACAGUAUUAGCCCCUCAAUUGGUUCCCACCUCUGCUUCCCUAAGUAUUGAGAGUUUAAUACCGUGUGAGUGAUUUUUUUGUUUUAUCUAGAGGAAUAGCGUCUCACCCACUGAGAGUAAGUGAGAAGAGUAUUUCAAAUAAUGGCUUUAUUUCUGCAAUCAUCGUGAAACAGCUCUGUUCCUCCACAGCUGACUAUAGAAAAUAGUAAGGUGGAGACAGGCUAAUAGUGUUUUUGUGUGAUUAUCCUCAAACAAGCAGAGGCCUGACUUGAUGCUUCAAGCCAAGCCAACACUCCUGUAUAAGAUAAUUAAUGAAUAAAUUGUAUAGCUCAAGUGUGUAUGGUGUAUGAGAUGUCUUAAGGUAGAUAUGUAACAUAGUGCCAGUAAUUUCAAUAACUUGUGUAUUGACUGACUUGUAGGUGCAGUGGUAUUAUGUAAUUUUUUUCUGUCUGUUUGUUAUUUUAAAUGAAUGUGUACAUAGACUGUGUGUGUGCGUUUUUUUUUAUCUGUAUAGAUGCAGUCAUGAAUAGAACAGUACUGUGCUUUGUGUUUCUCAUUUAGUGGGUUGUGGUAAAGGGGCUUGACCACAAGGGGGUGCUGUUGAACGCUCGCAGGAACCUCCCAUAGUAGGGCUUUUCCUUUCACAUCACCAUCAAACCGGGUCUGCAUGGGCCACUCUGUAUUCCGAGCGCACCUCGGUCUUUUCCCUGCGCUCUCGAGCAAAGAGGUGACCUGGAAGGGAAAAAAAAAAGCAUAAAAACGAGUGGGACCCCAAGGAGCGCCGCGGUGUCACCUCGCAUGAGGAGGCAGAUGGCAGAGCAGGGAGGCUGACACCGGCACUGCAGGGAGCGUUGCGGGGGGUAAGCGGGGACAGUUUGCUGGACAUUAUGGGUGCCACCCGGCCCCCCGUGUUCCUGCGAGUAAGUGACACCGAUGCCGGCAAGAAGUUAGAGCGAAUCCCCAGCGGGAUUUAACCAGCUCGCUGUCCCUGUCUAAUGGUGCGCGGAUGUCAACCAUGGCCCUCUUCGCCUGUCCUCUCAGGACCUGACCGCUCGCUGCGUAUAAUACAAAACAGCGGCCAGGGGUAGCUUCACUGAAGUGUAGGGAGGAGGGCACUCAGACCUCUCUGUUAAAGCCAGAAAAAAUGGGGCUCAGAGUUCUCUGCUGAGUGGCCCCUCCCCAUUGUAGGAAAUGUGCAGAGUUCUACAACUAUCAGCCAGGGGUCCAGCCCAUUCUAGAUGACCGGCAGAGUCCUGCCCACUGUCACUAAGAUUGACCGCAGACAGGCCUGUCUUGAUUAUUUGAAAGUAUGAGCCAUGUUUUUAAGAAAGAGCUUAUAGGUUUUUGUGUAUAGCAAAUGACAAUACAGAAUGCUGUUAAAUCCCAACAAGCUUUGCUUCAGUUUCAAAGCUUAGUGAAUCAGGUCUUAUGUGCCUACACCAGUGGGUUGAGCUAUGCCAUAUGCCCCAGGCACAGAAGAUACAUGUGUUUAUUGGUGCCCCUUGUGUCACCACAAAUCAUCAAAGCACCAGGCCUGUGAAAGUGUAGUAUUGGUCAGCAUUAGCAUUAGGCCAUGUUGCAUUUCACUCAAAAGCUAUUCCAGUUAUGAGAAAUAGAAGCAUUGACCAGAGUGUUGAGGAACUUUCCUAUGUAAAAAUACAAUACAUGAUUCUAUACAAUACAUGAUUCCGCUUACACAAGGUCAUAUACAGUAUCCAUGGUUUGGUACAAAUCGUGUAAGUAUUAAAGCAUUGCAGUACUUUAGACAAUUCUCCCAUCAAUUAAAAUGGUAAUGUCUAUACAGUACCUACAUGUGCUGAUCAUGUGACACUCUGUGUUCCUGGAGAGUGGGUCUCUGUUUCAUACUAAAAUGUAGUUGGGAGAGGAGAUCCUUUUGAUGAGCUUUUUUUCUUUUUCUGUUCUCUUUCCCUGGUGGAUAUUAAACAAAUUCU